UACACUAACUUAACACACGAAGACCAGUCUUCAUGUUCGUACCACGGUGAACAAAUUCACGUCGUGUUUGAAAAAAAAAAGUUUUAUUGAGUAUAAUAAGAAAUUCGUUAUAAUCGUAUAGCAUACGUUCAGUUUAUUGGUUGUACGCUGACUAUAAACAAUUAAAAAUUAUUGAUUUGAAAUUGUAAGCAACGGAGAUAUUUAUCAACGGAAUCGAUAACCACUGAUCUAGUCCUAGUGAUUUAGAAAAUAUAUCUGUCUAUACCACACUGUUCAUGUAAUUAAAUAAUUUGCUUGAAACGCGAUAUUUUUCAGUAUAAGUAACAGCAACAAAAAAGUGCAAUAAACGACAACUUUUUUUCCGGUGUGUGUAAUACAUGUUUUCGCUGAUAAAUUUUAUAUAAAAAAAAUUGUUUUUAGUUGUUUGAAUGCAUUUAUACAAUUAAAUAAGAAUUCACCAAUUUUAACACUUUUGAUUCGGGAAACAAAACCGAAUAAAUUUUUGGACUGUGUGUACAAUAUAACAAGAAACGAUUCGUUUAAUGGACCAUUGUUUUUCGGAUUAAAACAAAAAAUGUGAAUUUCGAAACUAUAAAUCAAAGUUACAACUGUAAACAGUCAAUUUGGAUAAAGAUAAAAAGAGAGCUGAGGAUAUAUUAUCACAUUGUUCAAACAGCCGUAAAUAUUUCUGAUCAUAAUGACAGUUACCACAGACAAAAAUAAAACUCAUCAUCACAGCAACAGCAAACACAAAGAACCGUGGGAUUCAGCAAAGGUGACAAACAUACAACCGCGACGAAAAUGCAGCCGACAUUCAUCGUCACGAAGUCGAACAGCAGAUUCGGUUAUGUCCACAGAUUCAGACAUUCGAUUUACAAGACGAAAAUUGGGUGACAGUCAACGUUGUGGCUGUGCUGUGAUAGCUGGAUUUUUAGUCACAUUAUUACUAGCUGGCGUUUGUGUAUAUUUCGGAUUCACGUACUUUAAGCCAGACACAUUACCAGAAAGAGUGUUCCGCUCCAAAUUUAGAGUCAUAAACGGUGAUGUAUGGUCGUCGGAUUUAGCCGAUCAAAAUUCACUUCGCUUCCAACAUAAAGCAAGAGACUAUAGAGAGCGUAUAAACCUAGUCAUACGUCGCUCAGACUUGCGUGAAUCGUACGAAGGAUCCGAAGUCUUGGCUUUAGAUGGAUCCGAUGGAGGCAACGAUCUCAUUGUCCACUUUAAUCUCCAUUUCGAUCCAUACAGAGGUCUUGUAUCGGCUGGAGAUCUUGUAGCGAUUUUUUUGGACGAAUUUAAUUCAAAAAAUUCAAAAUACUUUGCAAAUAUAACGUUGGAUCCGGCUAGCUUACAAAUAAAUGAAGUAUCUAAUCAACAAGGAGAUGUACCUGUUACUGCUGCGGCACCUUUAGGUGGCGAUGAGGUCAUACAUGAAAUUAUUGAAUUUAAAGCUCCGCUUCGACGUUGUGAACCAUUACGAUUGCCUUAUUGUAAAUCAAUUGGUUACAACGUAACGACCUAUCCCAAUAUGCUGGGUCAUAAUUCAGUUGAAGAAGUCGUAGCCGAUGUUAUAGCUUUCCGUGAAUUGGUCGAUGGUGAAUGCUUUCGUCAAGCUUUUGAUUUCGUAUGUCGAUUGAUGCAGCCACCGUGUAUGGAACAGCCUCCAUUUGAACCGGAACCAGGCAAAAUAUGCAGAGAAUAUUGUCAAGCUUUCCGUCAAGGAUGUGGAAAUCGAUUGCCGGAAAAGUUUAAAAAAUAUUUUGACUGUGAACGGUUUCCCGAAUCAACGGGUAGUCAAUCGUGUCACCAUCGGCCUGGAUGUGCGGCUGAAUUGCAACAAAACGGAGUAUCCGGACGACUUUGUGAUGGAAUUCCUGACUGUCCUGAUUUAUCCGAUGAGGCGACCUGUUCGUAUUGUCCACCAAACGCGUUAUAUUGUGGCAGAGGAAGGGCUUGUGUAGCAAAAUCAUCACGUUGUGACGGCGUGAUGGACUGUCCUGACGGCGCUGACGAAAAGGAUUGCUUAUCGAUAGCACCCAUGGUCUCAGCUUUUACAAAUCCGUACCCCUUGACUCCACAUCGGCCAAGAUUCUAUUCUGAAGGAUUUGCUGUAUUUUCGGAGAAAGGAGGGACUGGAAAAUUGUGCGCAGAAGGUUUAGACUCCAACAAGGAAUCAACAAUCAGACGAACUGUAGCCGAAUCGUUAUGUAAAGCAUUGGGCUAUGAAAACGUGCUCUUCUCUGAAGUCCGGAAUGAUUCCGAACCAGACACGAAUUAUGUUAGAGUUCUUGAUCCACGAGCACAGGAGAUUUCUUUCGUCCGGACUUCAUGCUACAAGAAGCAAGCCUUAUACGUGUCAUGCGAUAAAUUAGAAUGUGGGGUACAGUCAGUGCUGUCACCGAAGCAUUUGAAUAGUUUACCAAAAAUGGCAUCUCCUGGAGAUUGGCCUUGGCACGUAGCUUUAUUCCGAGAUGAGACGCAUGUUUGUGACGGCACUCUUGUGUCGAAUGAUUGGGUAUUAACAACAAAUUCCUGUUUCCAAGGACAGCCGAAAGCAACAUGGAUCGCUGUAUUUGGAGCUGUGCGACUAAAUUCAUUCGCUCCGUGGACUCAACGAAGAAGAAUAGUCGGAAUGGUCAAAUCACCUGUUGAAGGCUCAACAGCAGCAAUGAUUCGCCUUGAGACAAGCGUUGUGUAUUCGGACUUUGUUCGACCAAUUUGUCUACCGGAGGAUUUAAGCAACGACAAAGCAGCAUCUUCAUCGUACCAAAACGAAGACACUCCGCAAGCUUCGGCAAACGUUCCACAUUCAGAACAACUUAGUGGUGUAGUAGCAAAGUAUCCCGAGAAGCGUUCGAACAAAGUCAUCGAAAACCGCCAAUAUUUCCACUCUCCGAUCCAAGUGACUGACUCAGCUGAGGAACGAAGUGGCGGAACUUUUUCGAAAGAAUACAAGGCCGACUUUAUCGAUGAAGGCGAACAGAUUCCACGAGCUGAAGCCCAAUUCCGAAACUAUCCGAUUCCGAUCAGCACGCAACCCGAAACGUCCAAUUUCUACGACAAUCGUCAACUUCACACAUCGGUAACAAACACUCUACCGAAACAGGCCGACAAGACCCCAUCCCAAGCCGAAUGGAUCAACUGUAACACAUUGGGCUGGUCAAGGCAAAGAGAUCAUUUGCAAAGAGUUCAGUUAAAAAUCGGUGACAUGGCAGCCUGUGAAAAUGUCUCCAUUGCGACAGUGAAUAGUAUGUGCACCGAAGCCGCUUACCAUAAACAAGACUGUACGGAGGAAGAGUUUGCCGGUAGUCCAGUGAUUUGCAUGCUACCACAGGGCAAUCGAUGGGCUUUAAUUGGUAUCGCAUCGUGGCGAAUAGCUUGUGCACAAAGUGGAUUGGAACGGCCCCGAAUGUACGACAAAAUUACCUCAAAUGCAGUGUGGAUUCGUGACACCAUGCAAUCGUCAGUGAAUUGAUUGUUUUCAACGCGAGAAAAAUUUACAAAAAAAAGAAAAUAUUUCAAAAAUCUAAACGAAAUGGUGUGAUCAUCUGUGAUUGUGUUGAUGAGUAAUUGUAACACAAAAUCUUAAUUAAGAGGUAAAAUGCUUGGGAUAAACGGUUCAUGACACCAGCUCAUGAAAUAAUAAAUUUUCGUUUGCGUUCACAAUAGCUCAGGAGGAUUUUAUCUCUGAUUCAAGUCCUUAAUUUAGCCGCUAAAUUUAUUUCAUAAGCUGACGACAUGAAUGCGAAACUAUGCAAAAGAAUGAGCUAUUUCGAUUCGACUUUCUUUUUGCACCAUUUUCCAACUGAUAUAUUUAUCGAAAAUGUUGCCAUUUUGCCCCCAAUGGAUUAGGCGUCUAGAAACAAAUCACUGGUUACACACAAUCCUCGGAUUAAAUAUGUCUAAAACCUAAAAACGUAGAACUAGAGAUCAAAAUGAUAGUGACAAAAGUGAGUAACAAAAUGAAAUUUAUAAUUUUUGCUCUGCUCAAAAUGUAUAAUAAAGAAAAUCUAGAAGUAGCGAAGGCGGUAGAAGUGUUAUGUAAUGCCAAUGUAAAAUAAUUAAGUAAUUUAUGUAGAAAGAGAAAAAAAUAUUAAUUUCAGAGAAUGACUGUCGAUGUUGUUCUAAUUGUGUACUUUAUAAUGUUGUACUUAUUACUUGAUAUGCUUAUUAUUGAAAAUGUUUUGAUAAAAUAAAUUUGUUAUUUGUUCAA